AUUUUCUUCAAGUGAUUGAGUAACACGCAUACCGCUGACGACAUCAGAUUGUAGAAAAUCCUGGUCUUAAAAAGUGGUUUUUAAUACAUAAUUUCCUACAACAAUUAAAUCGAUUAUCUUAAAAAAAAAGUCAACCAUACGACAUGAACUAUAUUGCGCGCCCCGGUAUUUUGAGUAGGUUCAAUAAAGCACCGUAUUUGAGCCCCAAGUCUAUUAGUGCUAUGCGAUGGAAAUCGAGCAUGCCGUCUCCUCAGGCUGAAGCACCGGAUCGUAGUUCAGAUAGUGAGAUUAAAAUAAACACCAAACCCCAGCAUUUACGGAUGGAAAAACGAGAACCCUUCUUGAAAAACUUGUUCGUCGGUCAGGUGGAUACAGAUCUAUUGGUUUACCCGGAAUCACUUAGCAGAGAUGAGCAAUCCCGACUAGUGAAAGAGCGAGAGUCCCUGGAGCGUGUUUUGAAAGAUAGCACCUCAACAGGCAAGCUGGAGAAAGCGGAUGUGUUCUCGCUUCAGUCGCCAUUGAAUUACGGAGGAAAACAUUUGAUCGAAACAGAGCUAGCUUACUUCAAUGAAAUCAUAUCCCAAGACUUUUCUACUGCUGUAAAAAUCGGGCAACAUAAUGCCAUUGUACAGUUGGUAAACAAAUUUGCAACUGAAACCGUCAAAGAUAAGCUUCUCAAACGGUUAAGCAACGGUGAACAUCCUGCUUCCUGUGCAAUUUUUGAAAAGGAAGCUCCCUCGGGGACCUUGUUCAGUACAACAGCAAACUUGGAUUCGACUGGUCGAAGCUGGCUAUUGAAUGGAACCAAAUCAUUUGUGAUAAAUGGAGACAAUGCAGGAUACUUUCUGGUGCUUGCCUCAACUGGUACCGUGGAUCAGAUAUCGGCUCGUGAAACAACAGUAACGACGUUUCUGGUCAGCAGUGAGACUCGAGGAGUUAAGAAAUUGUCAUCCGAUGAAACGCUGGGACUGAACGAUGUCAAGCAACUGAGUAUCGGGUUUGAAAACGUGGAACUGACAAAUGAUGAUAUAAUUGGAACGACUGGAAAUGGAACGGCAGUUUUGGUUGAACUUUUGAAAUCAACACGGGUUCAAACCAGUGUGCUCGGUAUUCAGCUCAUGAAACGUUUGCUGAACAAUGUUGUAAAUUACAGCAUUGAGACCAAAGCUGCAAGCGGACAUAUCAUGGAUUUUGAAACCGUUCGGGAGCAGGUGGCCCGAUCUGCAUGCUCCAUAUACGCCGCGGAAAGCAUGGUCUAUCUCACCACAGGAUUGUUGGACGAUUUUUCCGGCCAAGACGCAGAUAUUGAAGCAGCGGCUACCAAAAUAUUCACUAGCGAGCGUAUGUUGCAAACUGCUUUACAACCUCUGCAGUUUAUAGGCCCCCAAGUACUAAUACAGUCCGAAUAUGACACCUUGCUACGAGAUUCCAUACAAUUCUACGGUCACGGUGAAACGCUGGAUUCCAUUAAAUUUUUUGUUGCACUGAGCGGCCUGCAACAUGCUGGGAUGGCAAGUCACGAAACUAUCAAAAAGGACAGAAACCCGGCUAUGAAUCCAUCGCACGUAAUUUCAAAGUUGUUCGAGAAAAAUACGAUCGAUACGCCGAAACAGUUUGUCAAUCUGGAGCACUACCUGCACCCGUCUCUUGAUCCGGCCGCCCACUGGAUCGAGUUUUCCAUCAUGCGCCUGAAGCUAGCCACUGAGUGUGUUCUUUCUCGCCAUGGGACCGAUAUCGUUAACCAUCACAUCGAACAGGUUCGACUGGCGGACAUUGCGGUGCUGGUAUACGCCAUGAUCGCAACGGCAUCCCGUGCAUCGCGUUCAUACUGCAUAGGACUGCAGCACGGCGAGCAGGAAAUCCAUUUGGCCAACAUGUUCUGUAAGGAAUCGUGCGAAACAGUCCGAAGGCUAGCCAAAGACCUCGAGCAAGGCCAGUUUCUCACCAACGACUCCGAGAACAACGCUCUGGCUAGAUAUUUAUUCCGACAGAAGAAGUAUUUCUUCGAGCAUCCAUUGAAGAAAAAUUUUUAAAGUCUUUCCAUUUUGUUGAAUAGAUUAAUGUUGCGAUGUAA